AUGCAAACGAUUUCUGGAGUCUUACCAACAGUAUUAAGCCCCUCAGAGCUUAGGUCUGAUGAUGAACGAACCUUCCAGUUUGACGAAGAAGCUGAAAUAACAACGCAUUUGACUGAAAGCGAAGAUUUACGAAGGUUAAUCAAUGAGACUGCACAAUUAGGUGUCAGAGUUGAUCAUAUUCACGAUAAAACUGACCAAGAAAUUGCCAGGCUGGAAAAAGUGAUUAAAGAAGUUACUGAAAGUGAUACUUUUUUCCGAUCUUGUUCUGGCUGGUUUAAAACCAAUAAGAAUUUUUCUGACAGUGAAAGCAGUUCAAAUACGCAGCUGAAGAGUCUUUCUCAAUUGCAUGGCCGCUAUGAUCGUGAUUGGAGACAGAGGUUGAAUAAGUGGUUUAGAAAAAAUAAGAGUAAAUUAGCCCUACCAUCUGAUAAUAAUCUGGAAGAGGUAAACGAUGAUAAAGUAUAUGGAUAUGGAGAGGACUUGAUGGAACGGGGCAAGACACCAUAUUUUAGUGAUAUUGAUGAUUUUAUGAAUGGAUUGAAUAUUAUAUCACCCUUAACACCUGACGAUUUUGAAAAUGACGAUACAUUAGUUAAAAUUGAUGAAACCUGCCAAAUUCACUCCGCUUCUGAACCUGAGAAGACCUCCAUAAGUCCCACAUUUGGGAAAAAUAUCAAAAAGGAGCUAGUAACUGAUGAUACGGAAAGCAUUAUUAGCGGGCCUCCUUUGCAAGAGAAUAAAAAGACUCUUUUGAAAUACCGAUAUGUCAGGACUUCUCUUGAUAUGCUCGGCUCUGAAAAGAGUAGUUCUAAAAAUAACAGCGGUGGUAUGUUCCGUAUUUUCCAUAAGAGUGCUAAUUUUGGCGACAAAAAUCAAGAAAACGUGCCACGAGUGUGGGACACACUUAGAAAUAAUUUGGGAAGGGAAAUUUAUCUUUUGCAAGGAAGAUUCAAAAAAUGGACUACAAAGCAUCAAAAUCUUAAGAAGGGCCAACCUUGUAAAGAUGAAGACGCCGUUACCGUUCCCUUACCAUCAUCUGAUCCGGGAAAGGAAACACAGUUGGAAACUAAACUCUGUUUUGUGCCCGAACCAGGUGAUCAGCCUUUGGUACAAGCAUAA